AUGGGUGGGUACAAUGCCAGCCACCUGCAGCCGUUCAUCCUGGUGGGCUUUUCUGACCGGCCUGGCCUGGAGGUCGUUCUCUUUGCUGUGGUCCUGGCCUUUUACGUCCUGGCCCUGGUGGGCAACGCUGCCAUCAUGCUUAUGUCGGUGCUGGACACCAGGCUGCACACACCCAUGUACUUCUUUCUGGGGAACCUGUCUUUCUUGGACCUCUGCUUCACCACAAGCAUCGUGCCCCAGCUGCUGUGGAACCUGUGGGGACCAGAGAAGACCAUCACCUACCACGGCUGUGUGGCCCAGCUCUACAUCUACAUGGUGCUGGGCUCCACUGAGUGUGUCCUACUGGCCGUCAUGUCCUAUGACCGUUACGUGGCUGUCUGCCGGCCCCUGCACUACACGGUGCUCAUGCACCCGCGUCUCUGCCUACAGCUGGUGACCGUGGCCUGGUGCUGUGGCUUUGUCAACGCAUUUGUCAUGUGUCCUCAGACGGUACAGCUCUCGCGGUGUGGGCGCCGCAGGGUGGACCACUUCCUGUGUGAGAUGCCUGCUCUCAUCGCCAUGUCCUGUGAGGAUACCACGCUGGUGGAGACUUUUGCCUUUGUCCUGGGGGUCGCCCUGCUCCUGGUGCCACUCGCCCUGGUCCUCACCUCCUACAGUGCCAUUGCCAUCGCAGUGCUAAGGAUCAAGUCCAACGCAGGGCGCAAGAAGGCCUUCCACACCUGCUCUUCCCACCUGACUGUGGUCUCCCUCUUCUAUGGAACCAUCAUCUACAUGUACCUGCAGCCGGCCAGCAGCUACUCUCAAGACCAGGGCAAGUUCCUCACCCUCUUCUACACCAUCGUCACGCCCAGCAUCAACCCCCUCAUCUACACCCUAAGGAAUAAGGACAUGAAGGGGGCGCUGAGGAGACUCCUGGGGAUGUGUAAACAUAAGAGUAAGGUGUGGCCGCGGCGCCGUCUGCGGAUUUCACUGUUUGCACUCCUGGCUGCCUUCCGCGGCGUGCAACAUCAGAGACGGCACCGAUUCGCGCUGACUGCGCAGCCCGCGGGGUCCGCCCUCGUGCCGGACUCCGGCCGUCCGGUGAAGGCGCCGUUCCUUCCGACCGCACGUGCCGGGCUCGCGGGCAGCGGCUUCUCGCGAGAGCUGGCGGGCGGCCGAGAGCGGCCGGCCUCCCUCCGCGCGGGUGCCGCAGCGGGGACAGGCGCGUCGCCUCUGUGA